UCUUCACAUUGAUCACACACACAUACACUUGAAAUCAUUACUUUGCGCAAAUAAAAUUUGGAAAAAUCGAAUGAGAAGAAAAGAACUCCUGAAAAAGAAAGAAAAAACUUAAUAAAAAGUUGUAAAAUUAAAAUAUCUUGAAUAUUACACAAGAAAUUAGCAAUCAAAGUUAAAUUCAUAAUUGUUUAAACAAGUUAAAAGAGAAUUAUAGUAAAAAUAUAACAAUAGAUUUGAUAAAAAUAUAGAAAACAAGCAGCAGAGUAAAAAAUCUUGUAUAAAUCGAAGAGAAAAAAUUCCUUUUGUAAUCAAAGCUGGUACUUUGUUACGACAACAAGACAAAUUAAAUGCAAAAUUAUUAAAUAAAAGAAAAGAAUUAAAAACAGUGUUUGAAAAUCAAAGAAUUGUAAUUUUUUUGUGUGUAUUAAGUAGAAGUAAUAAAAUAAAGAAUUCAUCAUGUCCAUGGCUGGGCAAACAAUAAACGACAGACUGUUGGCUGCCAGGCACAGUCUUGCCGGUCAAGGUCUGGCCAAAUCAGUAUGCAAGGCCACAACGGAAGAGUGCAUUGGACCCAAGAAGAAACAUUUAGACUAUUUAGUACAUUGUACAAAUGAACCCAAUGUUUCCAUACCACAUUUGGCCAAUUUACUUAUUGAACGUUCACAGAAUGCCAAUUGGGUGGUAGUGUAUAAAUCUUUAAUAACCACACAUCAUUUAAUGGCAUAUGGAAAUGAACGUUUUAUGCAGUAUUUAGCUUCAUCAAAUUCAACGUUUAAUCUUAGUAAUUUCUUGGAUAAGGGUGGAGUUCAAGAUGGUGGUAUGUCGGUACCUGGUGGCAGAAUGGGUUACGAUAUGUCGCCAUUUAUCAGACGCUAUGCCAAGUAUUUAAAUGAAAAAUCUUUGUCUUAUCGUGCAAUGGCUUUUGAUUUUUGCAAAGUUAAAAGAGGCAAAGAAGAGGGUUCACUACGUACCAUGCAUGCUGAUAAAUUAUUAAAAACGUUGCCCGUUUUACAGGCACAAUUGGACGCUCUUUUGGAAUUCGAUUGUCAAUCAAAUGAUUUAACAAAUGGUGUCAUUAACAUGUCAUUUAUGUUGUUAUUCCGUGAUCUCAUACGUUUAUUCGCCUGUUACAAUGAUGGUAUUAUUAAUUUGUUGGAGAAAUAUUUUGAUAUGAAUAAGAAACAAGCACGUGAUGCUUUGGAUUUAUAUAAAAAGUUUUUGGUGCGCAUGGAUCGUGUGGGGGAAUUCUUGAAAGUUGCGGAGAAUGUUGGCAUUGAUAAGGGAGAUAUACCUGAUUUAACUAAAGCUCCUAGUUCUUUGUUGGAUGCUUUAGAACAACAUUUAGCCACUUUAGAGGGACGCAAAGUUUCAGCUGCAAAUACUCCUACACAAUCAGCCAGUAGCAACCAAAAGAACGUAAAAUCCGCUGUUUCUGCCCUAUCUUCUACUAGCUCUUCGUUUGGCACAGCUGCCGCUUCAAGUAAAUUUGACACUACCAACGGUAUAGAUGAACAACUUAAGGCUCAAGCUUUGGCUGAGGAAGAGGCUGCCAUGAAUCAAUAUAAGCAACAUAAAGUUUCUUCACCCACCAGCGGCGGUGCUGCUGCUAACGCCGCAUUAACAAAUCCAUUCUUAUCGUCUCCACCAGCUGCUGCAGCUGGUCAACCGAUAGUUGAUUUGUUUGGUGCUGCCUCAGCACAGCCAGGCUCUGGCUCCACCGCUGCUGCUGGUACCACUAAAGCUUCGGACGAUUUACUACAAUUGGGCAAUCCCUUUUCCGAUAUGUUUGAUGCUCCCCUUGCGGGCGGUGCUGGAGGCGUUGCUACAGGUGCUCAAAAUUCAAAUAAUAUUUGGAUGAAUAACAAUGGUUUCAAUGGAGCUGCUGUACCUUCGGCUGCGGCAAACGCUUUUGUUUCCGACAGCAAUUUUUCAUCGGUAUUCGGUAAUACUGAACCAGCCGAUUUAGCAACUGGAGCAGCAUUAGCAAAUCCAUUUUUUGAUUCAAUGGAACCACAAACUUUAUUCGAUACCACAACCUCCACAACAUCAUCGUCGUUAUCAUCAGCAACAAUUAAUAAUGUAGCAAAUGUAGCCAACAAUUCGACUUCCAUUAACUCCAAUACGAAUCUGUUUAUGACGUCGUCAUCUCAACCGACUUCUCAGACAUCAGGCUUUGAUGCUUUGGGUGAUGUUUUAAAACCCGGCAUAACGUCUGCUACAAAUACAACUGUUGGUAAACCACCAGCAGCAAAUCAAACAAAUAUUAAUACUGCAGGUAUUGCCUCACAAGAUCAACUACUCCACCACCAACAACUACAGCAGCAACAGCAACCACCAGCCAGCACUGGAAAACUAUUAACUGGUGAUUUGGAUAGUUCUCUCAUGUCUCUAGUUGAAAAUUUAAAUAUUAAUAAAUCAUCUACAACAAAACCUGUGCAAUGGAAUUCACCUAAAAAUACUGCGAAACCUGGUGCUAAUUGGACACCUCAACCAAUGGCUGCUACUACGGGUGCUGGCUAUCGUCCAAUGGCACAUGGCAUGACUGUAAGUCCUGCGCCAAUCACAAUUAAUCAUCCGUAUAUACAUGCUAGUUAUCCUGUAAUACCAAAUUAUAUGCAGGGAAUGCCGGUGAUGGGUCAAACGAUGAUGGGACAAGCCCCUUUGACUGGCGUACCACAGACGAUGCAACAGCCGAUGAUGGUGCCAAGUAAUCCAGCUGGCAUAAUGCAAACGACCCAACCACAAAUGCAAUCAAUGAUGCAAACAAAUGGGGGCAAUAAACCAUUGGAUCCUUUUGGAGCGUUAUAAAUAAAUAAAUUAAUAAAUGAACAACAAAACAAAUUCUCACGAAACGAAUGAAACCUACAAUAACAACAAAUACAUACAUAAAUCUACAUAACUGCAUUAUUUUGAAACGUUAUUAUUAAAUGAAAAAAAAGAAGAAAAAAACUAUAUUAAAAAAAUAUAAAAAAAGAAAAGAAAAACUAUUAAAAUGCAAAGAAUUCUAUGAAAUAAUUUAAAAGAAAUUAUUAAAUAAUAAUAAUGUUGAAAAGAAUACAAAUCAAUUGUAAACAAGAAAAAAACUAAGCAUACAAUUGAAUAUAUUUAUAUUUAACUAUAUUAUACAAUACAACAACAAACAACAAAAGAAAAAAAACAAAUUAAACAAAAUUUAACGUAUAAUUUAUUAGUUUAUAUUAUUAUUAUUAUUAUUAUUAUUAUAACUCUAUAUACAUAUACUAUAUAUAUACAAAAUACCAUAAUACAUGAAUAUUAUAAAUACUACAAUAUAUAUAAAUAUAUAUUUAUAUACAUACAUAAAAAAUACCAACAAAUACAUUAAAUUAAAUACUUAUUAUAUAUAAAAGAAAACAAAACAAAAACAAAUUAUAUAUACAAUAACUACAACAUUACAUUAUAACGUAUUUAGCUCCAACCUCUCCCUCUUCCUCCCCCUCCUACUUAUUAUGAUAGAAUCCUACUUCCUGAAAUUCUUUUAGAGUUUUUAUAAUUGCGGCUUUAUAUAAUAAAUUCCAUUGCAUUUCCGCUUGUGUUUGUAAUUUAAAAUUAUGGAAUUUUAUUUUAAUUUGAUAUCAAAAUAAAUUUAUAAGCAGAAUGUAUGUUGUUAAAGUGUGUAUACAAAUUGUUGUUAAUCUAAUCAUAUUGCUUUUAUUUUGUAAUGCAAAUUUAGUAAAUUCUAAGUGAAAUCUGUUCAAGAAUGACAUAAAGUUUAUUUGAAAUCUUAUAAAUUUACUCUGUUCCAACUAAACCUUUGUAUUUGUAUAAAAAUCUAGCUUUAUAUCUAUAAAAUGUUGAUACUGAAUUUUAAAAAAAUUUGAAUAUAAACGAUCUACACCAUUUCCAGUUAUAUUUCAGAAUUUUCAAAUUUAAUUUCAAAAUAUUCCAAUUAUAUUUAAGAAUUUUCCAUUUGCAUUUCUGAAACUUCUACUUGUAUUUCAGAAACUUCCAUUUUUAUUUCAGAAAAUUCUAAUAUACCGGCCAGUCACACAUUUUGUUCGGAAUGGUUUCCAUUCAGAUUCCGUGUAAUUUAUUAAUUCCAAAAAUAAUUAAUAAUUCUGUACUUCUGAUAUUAAUGUGAACAGCGUGUUUUGUAUUAAAGCAAAUGUGUUUCAUUCCGAAAGAAAUUUUCGUUUUACUUUUUCUGAAGAAGCAAAAAACGGAAUUAAUUCCACUUUUGAUCGAAAUGGAAUUCUGUGACAGGCCUGAUAAUAGAUUAUUUCUGAAAAAGAAUUAAAAAAUACAAAUAGUAACUGAAAUACAAUUGAAAAGUUUUGAAAUACAAAUGGAAAUUUCUGAAAUAUAAUUGGAAAUUUCUAAAAUUCAAUUGGAAAUUGUUAAAAAAUAAUUGGAAAUGGUGUAGUUCAAAACAAAUAAAAACAAUUGAUCUGAACGACAGAAAAUAACUUCUGAACUCAAAGAUCACAAACAAUUUAAAUGGUUCACUCAAGAAAUGCAAAAGACUUCAAACCAAAAAAGAGUUUUGUAUGGAUAUUUUCUUAUGUUCCAUGGGCGCCCAUCGUCGAGCAGGUCACUUGGGUCCAUUCAAAACUGAUUCCAUUGUGAUACCCAAAGGGUAAACAGCAGGGUAUUUAUAAUACGUCCAUUGACUCCGAGAUGAACCAACCAGAUUCUCUGAUGAAAGAGUGGAUUCGUCUUAGAUUCAUUCUUGAUAGCUUAUCCAAACACAAUAGGAAUGGGAUUCCGAGGAUACGUUCCCUCAAGUUUGUCAGAAUGGGUUAUUGACAGAAUAACAGUCUCCUACAUGUCUUCAUUAUGACAGCAUCUACAGUAGUCGUUGUACCGUAGGCCCAGUGUUCUAGCAUGUGUCCCAAUUAUACAGUGUCCUGAAAUAACGUAAACAAUUAGCCUUAUUUGCUCACGACGGAAUUUCAUAAGUAGAUUCGUCCUGCCGUCAUCAUAUACAGGUCAAGUCGAGCUCGUUAUGUUGUUGUAGCAGCAGUGAUUGUUGAGUUGACAGCCCUUGGCUGAGUGAACUCGGGUCAUUCCGGUGCGUAGAACCGGCUGUCAUGGGAAUGUCGAUCGUUUGUUGUACCCUUUGGUUCAACGCUCGUUACUGAAUAAUUUCUAAACGAAAAUAGUAUCAACAUUUUAAAUCUUUAGCUCAAGACAAAUUUAUACAAAGUGGCGAAUUCAGUAAAAUUCGUGCGAAUUCAAUGAUUAUUCAAAUAUGGAGUUUGGCAUUCUCAAUAGAAAAUAGUUUUGAAUGGCAAACUCCAUAUACUCCACAACAAAAACAAUUGUAUUUGACAGUUAAAAUUUAAGCAAGCGAAGAAAACAUAAUCUGCUUGACACCAUCAAGGCGAAUUUAUAUACCAGGUGGUGACAGUGGCGAAUUCAGGAAAAUACGAGCAAAUUCAUUAAUUUUUUGACAUUCUCAACUAUGAGAGAGUUGUAAAAAAUUCGUCUUGGACACCAUCUUGUAUAAAUUCGCUUUGCUUUUGGGGUCCUUAUAGCGAUAGAUGUCUCCAUACCGAUCUAGAAUUAAAGGAUAUUUAAAGACGAUUGUACAAAUAAUUUAAGUUUUAUUACCAUUGUACUUCAAACGAUUUUUCAAAUAUUAUUUCCGGAUUAAACAUUUGUUUGACUUACACUGGUGUAAGGAGAUCUUUCCGAUGAUUUGAAGUAAGGUUGAUUGGACAGCUGAUGCAAUAAGGAGCGUAAUGUGAACAUUUAAAAUAGGUUAAGCCUGGUGCUCUAUUUUUUUUCAUAGUUAUUUUCUGCGUUAGUGUUAUCUCGCAGUCCCCGUGUAAGAUGAAAACGAAACUCAUUGUGCGAUUAGCCUGUUGAUUUAUUCCAUUUUUAGUUGUUUUAGAAUUUUUAUAAUGAUAUUGUAAUUUUAAAUAUCAUUUUAGAAUAAGGAGAAGGAAACUUUAUUUCUCAAAAUAUUUCAUUGCGUUUUACUUGGAUGAAAUAUGUUGGAUUUAGUUAAAAAGUCUAAAUACUUGUUUAAAUUUAUCAUAAAGUAAUAUUUUAAUGAUAAACAAUGAUUUGAAACGAAUAAAUAACGCAGUAAUUUAUUAUUUUUUGGAGUAAAAUAAUUCUGAUUGUGACACUAGUUUCUGUAAAAGGUUUGCACAUGGGUUUGAUGUGCCCUUGAGACGAUCAAAUAAACCCGUCAAUCAGUGCAUAUGUGUGAGUGUCGUAUGCUUGAAGCUUUAAAGGAGAUAUACAAAUAAAUACGUCAAUCACCAUUUGUAUUUGGACGCACUUUUCCAUUAUUACCAAAAAUCUCGAAGAAACUGAGUUUUGUUUUGUUAAUCAGAGACGUAAAAUAAAUAAUAUGAAUAUUUUUUUCAUCCGUACACGGCAAACACAAAGCAAAUGAAUUUGAUUGUCAAUCACAACAGGAGACGAUCAAAUAAUCAGUCGUCAAAUCAAAAAUCAAAACAUUUUGAUUUUCAUCAAUCAUUGCCGACAACGUGUACGUAUAGCCGAACGACUGCACGCACACAACUAUGCUAUUGAUAUGUUUAUUUGAUCGUCUCCAGGGCACUUUAGAUUUUUUAAUGAAUUUUUAAUUCUUUAAUAAUAAAUUUUUCAUUUCAAUAUAAAAAAAAAAUUGUGCCAUAGUUUCGAAACUAAAGUGUAUUAGGUCUUCAACUCACAACAAGUCAACAAUUAAAGAAAAAUAAGUUUUUAAUUUUUAUUUUUAAAGAAAAUUAUGAAAUAUAUUUGCAAAACGAAUAUUUUGUAUACAUAAAACGUUUGUAUAUGAAUAAAUUUUGGAAAAUUUAAGGAAAUAUGAAAAUUUAAUCAUUUCUCUUAGAACAUAUGAAAUUUUCAAAAUCAAGCAUACUUUAAAGAAAGGAUUAAACAUAAAUUCUAAAGCAUACUUCUAGGCUGUUUUAAUAAAAGAAACAAACAACCCAUUUAAGCAUUUCAUAAUAACGUUACAACAUACCUUGAAAACUAAACCAACAAACAAACAAUAAUAUUUUAAAACAAAUUAAAUAAAAACGUGUAGAAAAAACUAAAUAAAUAUAAAGUCGCUUUACUUUUAAAAAUAUUAGUUCUUAUUUACAUAAAAACAUACGAAAUAAAACAAACAAAAAAAACCUUUAUAUAAUAAAUGUAUACUAGAAAAUAAUGAAUAUAUAAAUUUAUUAAAUAAAUAAAUACACACUUACACACACAUAAAUAUAUAAAUACAAUUAAAAAAUUACAAACAAACAAAAAAACCCCUAAAGAUCACAAAAUAAAAUUGUGUGUAAAAUGCUAAAAUAAAAAAAUAAUACUAAAGCUAGAAAAAAUUAUUGUCCAAUGUUAAAAAUAAAAACAGAAAAUACUUAAAAAAAUAAACAUUUAAUAAAAAACAGCUAGAAAUAAUAAUAAAAAAAACCCACAACCGAAAUAUUCAGGAGAAACAAUAGUUACAAGUAAAAUCCAACAAAAGAUUCUUACAAAAAAACUCUUUAAUUUAAUGAAUUUAAUUAAAACUUUGUGUUUCCUAAAAAAAACUCUAUAUAAAAUUUCUUUUAAUUUAACUUUUAUUUUUAUUUUAACAAGUGUCAUUGUGUUUUUUUUUUAGAAAAAAUUAAAAAAUAAUAUUAAAUUUGUUAAUACUUUAAACGAAUCGGAUUAAUAAUAUGAUCAAAGAUUUUGUUAAACAUUCCAAUUAAUUUGUUUAUUUUAUUUUUUUUUAACGAGAAUUAUCAAAAUUCUGUAGCAUACAAAUCUAUUUAAAUUACUAUAAAAUUGUUUUUAUUUAAAGAAAAAGGAAAAUUAUUAUUUUUCUUUUUGUUUCUUAUUUUUUUUGCGCAUAAUUUUUAUAUUUAUACUAUAUAUUUUGUAAAUACAAACAAUUACUGAAAUACUUAUUAUAAACUCUCAAAAUAAAAAAAAAAAACUGAUUAUGUUUAAAUAAAGUUCUAAUUAUGUUAUAGUGAAAUAAAA